AUGGCCGGAACCACGGCAGACGAUCUGGAACGACUUUGGACCAACUUCACCAACGAGACGUUUCAUAGUGAAACCCCUAAGAAAUUCCACGAGUACCCCGCCGGGUCAAUCACCGUGUUUGAUUGCGACGCCAGCUGUACAGAUGUGACCUUUGUGCAGGCAGGGAAGGUGCUGUUGACGAAACGGGGUCCUGGGCAUCUCUCAAAAGUGCCAAAUGAUAUCAAUAUCUUUGCACGGAAUGGAAUAACGAAAGGAUCUUGA